GUGUUGAAUGGUAAGGAUAGUGAAGGGAGAGAUUGAAGAAGACAAGAAGGAUAAAGAUUGACAUAGAGCGACAUCAAAUUGAAGCUGCAUCCCGAAUACCCCAUUUCUUUCCGCUCCACAAACUCUGGUCAGAUUCUCCGUUUAUGAACACCGCUAUUCUCUAAUUUUCUCUUUAGUUCAAUACACAUGAACUUGCUGAUAUUCUUAUUAUGCUAUUUUCUUGGUUCACCUCAUUAUUCAGAGGCAAAUAAAAUAAAACUGAAAAGUUCUGGCCGCUCUGCUGAUAUAAACCACGAUUCUCCAUGUAUUUGGAACAAAACUCAAUCAUGGGUGCAUCCGUAUCAAAGUAUAACGGUAGAAUGUUGCGAUGAAGAACUUUCCAAGCUUAUCCAUAAAACUAUUCUUGACGCAGGCAAUAAUGCAAAACUGGGAAAUCUUGCCAAGUUUAUUCAACGGAGAUCUCAACUUUUCUAUCACAUGAGUUUCGAAACUAUCGUUUCAAGAGAAAACUUUGCUAUUUCAACUCACUAUCAUGGAACUCAUUCGUGUCGAGUUCACGACAACAAUCUAUAUUAUUUGGUAUACGAAACACCAGUUCAAUAUGAUCCUUUUAACAUGAAAACUGAAGAUUAUCUGGCCUCCAUUGACUCCGCUGAUCCAUUGGGAAGUACCAAACCCGCAAACUUACGUGGAGAUUUUCCUGAUGUACGUGAAGAUUCCACAGCUGGAGAAGAUCUUUCUGUUCAACCAUCUAUUGGCAAUAUUCUUCAAUAUCCCAACAAAUUUGCUUGGCCAGAUCCAGAUGAAGAAGUUUCCAAAAAAAUCAUGCUUGCGGAACAAGAUGCAAUUCGUUCAAUAAAUGAACUUAUGGAAUCAGUGACAGAGAUAUCCGUUAUGAACUCUGGUGCAGUUGUUAAUUCAACUGAUUCUCUCAAUAUCACGGAGAUUGAAUUGCCAAAUCCCACUCCGAUUCCGCGAAACUUUGCUAAUUUGCGCGAAAAAGAUCGACUACCCGAGAACACUCAUUGCGAUAAAGAACGGAAAGACGGAAAUAGAUGCUGUGAUGGAAGACUUGCUUCGACAAUGAGGGAUGCAAUGAGACAAAUGGCUACAUCGCCAGAUUUUGGACAGGGUAAAGAAGGCAUUAUUGCUGCAGAACUUCAACAAAAAGUUCAACAGCGCUUCCAAAAAUCUUACGAAAUCAUUGUAUCCCAGUCAGACUUUGUUAUUUCUACAUAUACUGCUGGAGAUAACUUCUGUAAAUUUGAUAACAAAGGCUUCUAUAUUCUUGCUUAUGUAUCACCCAAGCAAUAUGAUAUUGAUGAAAAAGAAGAUGAGAUGAAGCUUGCUGCAACUUCAAAUAAAGAUCCGCUAGGAGCUAACACUACGAUGUUUGAAAACGAAGCACCUUGGCAUGUCGCUUUAAAGUUGGACACCUAUGGAGAUAGAGCCGGAUAUCCUGUUGGGUCACACUGCACUCAAGCAAGAACGGGGUCCAAAUGUUGUAGUUUGAUUCUAUUCAAUGCUAUGAAGUCUGGAUAUGAUUCUCAUGUGGCAACAUCAAACUUUGAUCCAUAUGAUAUUAGAAACAUUUCGAAAGCGGUUCAAUGGAGUGUUGAAGAAAUAUUGCAGCACUCCGCUGAAGUGAUUGUUUCGCUGGAUGAUUUCGCUUACGCUACAUAUAACAAUAAUAGCUACACCUGCAAAUAUCGUGUUGAUAAAUACCAUAUUCUUGCCUACACUACACCGAAUCAUGAUCUUGAUAACUACGAUGAAAUGGCAACAUCCAUAAUUGAUAGUGAACCAGAAGCCCAAAUUGUGUACCCGGCAGUCGAUAGAACAGCAAACCAAAUUCCGUUCCAAAAUACACCUUCACCAUAUUGGACAACUCCAGUUCCCAUCCCAACUCAGGUUUACAUGCCAAUGCAAUACACCCAACAACCGAUGCAACCAAUGUAUAACCAACAACCAUUUUUUAAUCAACAGCCCAUGUUCAAUCAGCAGCCAAUGUACUUGCAACCAGCUUUCAAUCAAGCCCCGCUUCCAUAUCAAUACCCCGCACAACCAUCCCAGUUUAAUCCAUUUUUAGCUAGCUUUCGUAGAUUCAAAAGACAGAUAGGAAGAACACCGUAUCCAAUUCAUCAAAAUGUGUACAAUGAUAUUGGAAGUGCAAAACCUUUCAAUUGUCCAGCAGAUCUGAGUGGGCUAUCAGGAAUGGCUUGUUGUGAUGGAGGCCUACAAUUUGAGGCAAACAAGGUCAUUGACCAAGCUAAACAAGAACCUGAUUUUGACAAGCACAAUACGAGAAAUUUGGCAAAGUUGAUGACUCGAGCCGUGCAGAAGAGAUUUGGAACUACGUUCGAGUCUGUAGUUGCCGAAGCUGAUUUCUCUUGGGGAACAAACAAAUUCAAUGGAAGAACAUGCAAAAUUGAUUCACAAGGGUAUAAUGCUCUGACAUAUCAGUCAAGUUCUAAACCACCACCACCCUCUGAUUUUAUUGAUAUUCCAAACGAUCCAACUCUUGGUGGUCCAACAGGCUCUAGUGGCGGUGGCGGAGGUGGAAGUAAUAGUAAUUCUGGUGGUGGAGGUGGAAAUGGUGGAGGCGGAAAUGGCGGAGGAGGUAAUGGUAAUGGAGGAGGUGCUGGAGACGGAAAUGGUGGAGCCGGUGCCGGUAAUGGAAACGGUGCUGGAGCUGGAAACGGAAACGGAGCUGGAGCUGGAAAUGGAAACGGCGCUGGCGCUGGUAAUGGAAAUGGAGCAGGUGCAGGAAAUGGAAACGGAGCAGGAGCUGGAGAUGCGUCCGCAGCGGCCGCGGCAGCCCAAGCACAGGCUGCCGCAGCAGCUCAAGCCCAGGCAGCCGCAGCAGCUGCUGCUCAACAAGCUGCCGCCGCAGCAGCAGCUGCUAAUGCUCAACAAGCUGCUGCCGCCGCUGCAGCCGCAGCAAACCCACUUUCUGCGUUGGUCGCUGCUACAGGAGCAUGUUUCUCACUGGACACCUGGGUCACAACACCCACUGGUAAAAAGAGAAUGGAUCAAAUUGACAUUGGCGAUUAUGUUCUGACAGCCGAUCUAGAAAAGACCUAUUUCACACCCAUUACUCUUUGGAUUCACCGCGAGCCGGAAAAAGUCCAAGAAUUCCUUACAAUUAUGACGGAAUAUGGGAAAACUCUCCGAAUCACCUCGCGUCACUUUAUGUAUCGGAACAAAUGUGGAAAAUCAUAUCCGCAAUAUAUCAAAAUGCUCCCUCAUGACGGAGAAGCAAUAUUCGCAUCAGACCUUGAAGUUGGAGACUGUGUUGUUGUACUGUACAAGGGAAAAUAUCGCCAACAGAAAAUUGAAACUAUCACCAGAUCUGUGAGAACGGGAAUUUAUUCACCGCUGACAAACAAUGGGAGAAUAAUUGUAAACGAUAUGCUAGCCUCUUGUUAUAGUGAGAUACAGCAAAACACACUGCAAACAACUUUCUUCUGGGCAUAUGACAAACUUCGUAGUGUUCUCGUUGAAUUCUUUGGAGAUCUGUACAACAACAAGAUCGAACUCCCAACCGGAACUACACUCUCGAGAGAUAUCAUCAGUCUGAUUGUUCCAAUUCAAAAAUGAUUAUCGUUUUUUUUUUGAAAGAAUAACCUAAGUAUUAACGAAUAAUAACAUUAAUAAUAGUACAACUUUUUGUAUUUAGAACAUUAUCGCUUCAGGGUAUGUUGUUCAAUUACCAAUAUUGUGUCCAACACUAUUUCAUUUUCGUGUAGCUAUUAUGCGUCCUGUUUCCAGUAACAUGAUCAAAUCGAGAAAAACCAUUAAAUAAACUUGUAUUAUU